UUCCUCUCGGCAGCGGCCACCGUGUUUUUGUUCGUGUGAUGUGAUGUUGAUGUUUUGGCUCAGUUGAGAGGCGUGACGUUUAAUGGUAGAUUUGCAAAGAGGACAUUUGACUUCUUCCCUUCUCCCGCUGCAAUUUACCUUUAAAACCGCUGGUUGAGAGAUGUCUGAAAGCUCCAGUGACACAGAGUCAUCCUGUGGAUGGACAGUCAUUAGUAAUGAGGGUUCGGACAUUGAGACACUGGGGCCGGAUAACGCUGGAGAGUGUGAGGAUAGAGCAGUUAGCCGUGCUCUGGACACACCUGACGACAAGCGGGGUGAGGAGAGUUUGGGAGAGACUUCUCUAGACCUCACACUGAGAGAGGAGACAACAACAGGGGCAGCACCUGCCCGAGAGGCGGGAGAUGAUGUGGGUGGAGAAGAACAUGUGAUUCUUUGCUCCUCCAGUGAGAACUCUGACAUCAUAACCCUGCCAGACUCUUGUGAGGCGGAGAUCGAUGCAUGGGAGGAGCCUGUUGCCAAGGAGGCAAAGGAAGCAAGAAAUGAAAAGUUUUAUCUCGGAAGCUCAUCGAGCAGCCAGUAUACUUUUAGAGAGUCAGAGACAACAGACUGGUGUUGGAGUAGAUGGGGAUUUUCCAGGACACUGUGGGAAUAUGGCAGCCAGCUCCACAGCUCUCUUUCUCUCUCAGCUUUCCCAGUGGAUCAGCCUGUGCAGCGAGACGGUGGUAAUAGCAGCAGUGAGGAUGAGGACGAUGAGAUGAAGGCCAGCCCUGUGGUGAGGAGACGCAAAGCGAGGAGGAGCACUACCGGCUCAGAGCCUGGAGACCCCCAGGAGCCCCACAGGAGACAGGAGGAGGUUGUUGAGGAGAUACAAGCCCAUCCAGAUGCCCGUGCUGCUCCGCAAGAUCAAGGUCAUGUCAGUGGCACUCUGAACAAAUGCAUCCUGUUAGCGUUGCUCAUCGCUAUCAGCAUGGGCUUCGGGCACUUCUACGGCACAGUGCAGAUUCAGGAGAGGCAGAGAAUUGUGGAAAAGAGCCGCGUGUACGAGCUGGAAGCGCCGUGUAAGAGAGAACUUGACAUUGAAGUGGUUGAGAGCCUAAAGGAAGAUCUAGAAGAAAAGCAAGACAUGGUGCUGUCCCUCACGACCGUCAUGGAUAAGAUAACUAAAGAAAACCAGCAUCUCAGAGUCAAACAGGAAGAGCUACAGGCCCAAAGACAAGAUUUAUAUGAGCAGCUGACGCAAACCAAGAGUGAGAUGGAGUCUCGGCAAAAAGACCUGACCAUGGAGAACCAGCACCUUAAAAUCACUCUGGAGCGAGAAGAGGCAUCUCUUUCAGCCCUGCAGGAGGAACUGAGGUACCUGCGGGGUCAGAUUCGAGAGCUGGAGGAGAGAGGAGCCGGGACUGAUUCAAUCCUGUCUGAGAACCAGCGACUGAAGGGCUACUUGCAGGAGGAGAAACAGAAAUUACGCAACUUCAUGAGCCAAAGGGAAGCACUGAUGGCUGAGGCUCAGGUGUUGCGGAAAGAGCUCGAUAAAGAGCGGAAGGCAGCGGACAAGCUGAAGGGGGAACUGGAGGAAAUGAGUCGGAAGGAAGAGGAUGCUGAGGGCAAGACGGAUCCUGAGACCGAAGAACUGCAGGCUCGACUUCAGGAGCUUGAAAACAAGUUGAAGUUUGAGCAGCAGCGCUCUGAUCUCUGGGAGAGACUGUACGUGGAGUCGAAGGAGGAGAGAGCCAAGGGCGACAGGGACGUAAAGACCAAGAUUCCCAAGGAUGGGAUGCUGGGAAAGGUGAAGGAAACAUUUGAUGCUGUGAAGAAUUCCACCAAAGAGUUUGUGCAACAUCACAAGGAGCAGAUCAAGAAGGCCAAAGAGGCAGUUAAGGAAAAUCUUCGGAAGUUUUCAGACUCAGUUAGAUCCACUUUCAGGCAUUUUAAAAACUCAGCCUCGACCGUGUUCAACCAUGAAAAGAGAUUUCAAGAGAGAAAACCUGAGCGUCAAACAUUUCAGCAAGAGCAAGGAAACAAACGUGCUGAAGACUGGCAGCCUCAGAAACCUUCACAUCGACAUCCUCGCAAAUCAACCAUGGACUCUUCUUUUCACGCUGAUCGCAACACACGCAAACCUGGUAAUCAGAAAGACCACAGCACUAUGGGUCAGAAAACGCCACUCAAAGGCUGUUCGGGUGUUUUUGACUGUGCGUAUCAGGAGUCGAUGAGUCUGUUCAAUAAGGCAAUGGACCCCAUUCGUGCGGAUGAGUUUAACGAACUUCUGCGCAGUUAUUUGCAGAAAGAAGUCAGCCAUUUCCACCACUGGAGGGAGCUGGAGAGCUUCAUCAAAAAUUUCUUCCAUAACGGUGUCUUCAUCCACGACCAAAUGCUGUUUACGGACUUUGUUAGUGGUGUUGAGGAUUACCUUGAGGAAAUGGAUGAAUAUCACAGUCUCAGUGAUGAUGUGUUUGAGGAUCUGGACGACUACAUAUACCGGCACAUAUUUGGAGAUACGUACUUAAAAUACUUUGGGCCGAGGUCUGAGAAACAGUAGAGUCUGCAUGUUGACACGCAUGAGUGAACCACGAAUGAGGCUUUGUGGCAAACCCUAAACAAUUUCCUGUUUGUAAAUUUGCAGUCGACCCUUCAAAGUCCCGGGGUCGAAGGGUAAGGCAUGGGGUCAUUGCCAGCGGCAACAGAGGAAGCACCAGCAGCCACGUCCUCGCCCUCAGAGAACGAAGAAAUGGAGCCAGUCAGAACGUGACCCCAAUCGGCAGUUCACAGAUGUCAAAAUAGAGCUGGGUCCCAUGCCCUUCGAUCCCAAAUAUUAAUGGAAACAUUUCAAUUCUUUGUAAUGUUGCUCCUUUUUUUUUUUUUGUCUUGGAGGAGGUAAAAGAAUGCUUUGGGUUCACCUUUUCUGUGAUUUUUUGCACAUGUAAAUGUUCUAAUGCUGGUUGAAUAAUUCUAGUGUGUUUCUCUUUCUACGUUGAUGGCAGUCUCAAAGUUAGAGAAUCCAAACUGCAUUUUUUAGCAGUUUAGAAUUAGUUAAAGGUAUAUGAAGCAGAUUUAUCUUCCUUGAUUCCCUGAACUUGUGGAAAAAGUAUUUUAAUAUUGAAAAUAGUUUUGAAUGCAUAAGAAGUGGGUAAAUUAUUUUGAUUUGGGUCAGCACUUUGUAUUGUAGCAUUUUAAUUAAUUCAUGACUGUUUUUCCUUAUGUUCCAGUUUGCUUAGGACCAAAUAACCUAUCAAAAUAAAUUAUAUUGAAAAAAAUCUCAGAUGUUCAAUAGGUUUGGAGUAAUAAUUAAAAACUUUGCUUCAUUAUAAAAGUAACUUUGAAGUGGUGUGGAUUGACUGGUUGUCACGUGGAUGCUGUAAUGUUACCACUGUUUUAUUUGAACAUGCUAAUCAGUUGAAGAUAUUAUUUGAAAUAGUUUCAAUCUGCAAUUGUUACUGCACUAUUUUCCCCUCUUUUUUGAGUGGUUAUGGGCUAAGUAACAUUCCUUGUUUGGAAACAGCUGUAAGAUGCACUAGUCAUCUGCUCUAAUGUAACUGAACACAAAUGCACUUAACUGCUUAUGUUGCACUUAAACUGUAGAAUAAAAGUCUUUCGAUGCUUCAUUGAUAAUUGUCCUCCUGCCUUGACAAAUCAAGCUAAAACAGAAAUGGAUCUUACACUGGAAAAGUGUUUGCGAGUCUGGUGUGAAAUCAAAGAAACAAUGUAACAAAAAUAAAGCAAGUCUUUAUAUAAGUUUGCAAUUGGUUGUACAUUUUCAAACAAUAAAAAUUAAUUCAUCUUUA